UCAAAUUGUGAACCUCAUAAUCCACCAAUACCUUUUUCAUACAGUAAUUCAUGUUGGUGCGAAACCCAACUACCCCAAAUAUGAACAUCUCUUCCAUAAAUAACCAAAACGACAAUUACUAGAUCUCAUUCGUUUUUCUCAAUUUCAAGAGCAGCAAAUCAAUUCAAACAAAAAUGGUGCAAGAAAAUGGAAAUGUGUCGGGCAAUUCAAGCCGUAGCAUCAAAGUGCAAGCGAUGCAAUUCGCGUACCCAGGCCAACCUCCAAUUUUCGUCGAUUUUAGCCUCCAAAUUGCUCCGGGUUCUCGUUGUCUUCUUGUGGGUGCUAAUGGAUCUGGUAAGACCACCUUGUUGAAGAUUCUGGCUGGAAAGCAUAUGGUUGGUGGAAGAGAUGUUGUGCAGGUGUUGAAUUCUUCAGCUUUCCAUGACACACAUCUUGUUUGUGGUGGUGAUUUAGCAUAUUUAGGAGGAUCUUGGAGUAAGACUAUUGGCUGUGCUGGUGAUGUUCCUCUCCAAGGAGAUAUUUCAGCUGAACAGAUGCUAUUUGGAGUUGAAGGCACUGAUCCUGAUAGAAGAGACAAAUUAAUUGAAUUGCUUGAUAUUGAUUUACAAUGGCGAAUGCAUAAGGUGUCUGAUGGUCAGCGAAGGCGAGUCCAAAUCUGCAUGGGUCUUCUUCAUCCCUUCAAGGUCCUCUUGUUGGAUGAGGUUACUGUCGAUCUUGAUGUAGUUGCCAGGAUGGAUUUGCUUGAAUUAUUAAAGGAAGAGUGUGAUCAGAGAGGAGCAACAAUUGUUUAUGCAACCCACAUCUUUGAUGGUUUGGAGACCUGGGCAACUCAUCUGGCCUACAUUCAGGAGGGAGAGUUGAGGAAGGUAGAGAAGCUGUCAGAGCUUCAUGAGUUGAAGAAUUCGACCAAUCUUCUUUCUGUGGUUGAGGCAUGGCUACGUUCUGAGACUAAGCUCGAGAAGAAGAAACCUGUUGCCACUAUUACCAAUAACCAAAAGUCGUCUGGUUUUGAUGCUUCACCAUUUAGAUCGUCCAGACAUAUGGCCUACUACCGGUAAUCUUAACAAGACUUGCCUUCUCAACUAGAAAUGUGCUCCAUCUUCAAGAUUGUUGUGGCACUAAUCUGCAAUUUUAUGAAUAGUACCCUAUUUUCGUCAAAAAAAGAAUAGUGCCUUUUUUCAGAGGGCAAUGCAGUGGCUUUUUAUCAGUGUAGUGAGCCUGCAAUAAUGUCAUACUGGAUCAAAGCAAAUUUUCAUUAGCCAAAUUGAAGAAAUGCGUACCAAAUCUUGUGGCGUGGCAGCGAUCACAAGAUAGAAGAGUCUGGCGAAGCAGCAAGUUUGCUAAGCUGCAAGUUUUUCUGUCCAGGUCUGCGCAACCUAGAGUGCAAAGCUUGUAUUUCCUUUCAUGAGUUGUUUGUGUGCGUUGCAUGAGGCAACUUAUCUCGUGUUUGAUUGACCAACUGUAUUGAUUGUGUUAGUGGUAAUGACAGGUAUAAUACAUAAUAAGAUUCUUUAUAGAUA